AUGUCCAAUACAAAGAUUCUCUCGAGAUCUGAGAUUGAGCAUCGUAUAUCUCAAGGUGAUGCUAUAGUGAUCUUUGAAAACUCUGUGCUUCGGAUGAACAAAUGGAUCAAGUACCAUCCUGGUGGUGAUAAGGCGGUCCAUCAUUUAGUUGGAAGAGAUGCCACAGACGAAAUGAUUGCUUACCACUGUGAUGAGACCCAAGCCACGUUUAAAAAAUGGAAAAUUGGUGAAAUCAACUACAAGUGGUUAAAUUUCUUACCACCGAUCCAGGGUGGGAAAUUCAGAAGUUUCGAAGAACAAAAAUGGGAGAAACUCAAUAGUGAAAAGCCUCCAAGGGAAAAAUUAACACCUUCAUCAUCAUCUGAAGAUUUUAAACUAAGCUCAUCAACAGAACCUUCGGAUGUUGAAGAUGUCUUGAUAAAUCCAAAACCCGAAAUACAACACAAGAAAAUGUCAGGUGAACAAGAAGUCAUUAUUACACCAAAGAUACCUCAAGGAUUCAUUCCAUCAUUAUCCACUAAAGAAGCUUAUGAAAGAAAAGUUAUCAAAGAUCCAAGUGAUGUUAUUGAUGAUUAUGAUAAUUUGAAAGUUGAACAAGAUCUUAAAUCUAUUCCAUCAUUGGAUUACAAAACUCAACAGCUUUUAUCUGAUGAAUAUAACAAAUUACAUGAUGUUAUAAUAGAAGGCGGCUUCUACCAAUGCCCAUAUUGGGAGUAUGCUAAAGAAGCUUCAAGGAUAGGAACAUUGUUUGGUAUUGCAUUCUUCUUGUUGUACAAGAGAUGGCUAUUCACUAGUGCGGUUUUCAUGGGGUUAGCAUGGCAACAAUUGGUGUUUAUUGCACACGAUGCUGGUCAUAUUUCAAUAACGCAUCAUUAUCAAGUUGAUAAUAUCAUUGGGAUGGUUGUUGCCUCAUUUAUUGGUGGGUUAUCAUUAGGAUGGUGGAAAAGAAAUCAUAAUGUUCAUCAUUUGAUCACUAAUGAUCCCGUUCACGAUCCAGAUAUCCAACAUUUACCAUUUUUUGCUGUUUCUACAAGAUUAUUUGGAAAUAUAUAUUCAACUUAUUAUGAGAAAUUUCUUUGGUUUGAUGAAUUUGCUAAAAAAUUGAUUCCAAUUCAAGAGUACAUGUAUUAUCCAAUUUUAUGCUUUGGGAGAUUCAACUUGUACAGAUUAUCAUGGCAACAUGUUUUGAUGGGUGAAGGUCCAAGACAUGGUAAAGCUGCGUGGUUCAGAUAUUUUGAGCUUGCUGGCUUGAUUUUCUUCAAUUAUUGGUUCUUUUAUUUGAUUUGUUAUAAGACUUUAGAAACAACUUCUCAAAGAUUGGUUUACAUUCUUGUUAGUCAUAUCACCACAAUGAUUGUCCAUGUGCAAAUCACUUUAUCACAUUUUGCAAUGUCCACUUCAGAUCUUGGAGUUUCAGAAAGCUUUGUAAGUAGACAAAUGAGAACUACAAUGGAUGUUGACUGUCCAGCAUGGUUUGAUUUUUUCCAUGGAGGUUUACAAUUCCAAGCUAUUCAUCAUUUGUUUCCAAGAAUUCCAAGACAUAAUUUCAGAAAAAUCCAACCUUUAGUCAUUGGGUUUUGUGAGAAAGUUGGUUUAAAAUAUUCUAUAUAUGGGUUUGUUGAUGGUAAUGGUGUUGUUAUAGAUAGAUUGGCUGAUAUUGCCAAACAAGCAAGAAUCAUGAGGGAUUGUACAAAAGCCAUGAAAAAAGAGGCGAUUGAAGAAGGGAAAUAUUUUGAUAUCUGA